AUGGCUUCCAAAGUAGUCGUCAUCGGUAGCCCCAACUGCCAGUUGCAGACGGUGUUCACCAAACUUGCAAAGUUACAGGUGAAACAAAAUUUCGCCUUUGCACUCAUCGUUGGCAACCUCUUCGGUGACUGCUCCACCGAGGCUGAAUUAAAUGAGAUCUCCGCCCUUCUCCAGGGAAACAUCAAUGUUCCUCUACCAACGUACUUUACUGUGGGCAGUCGACCACUACCUACCCGGAUUGUGGAGAAGAUUGAGGCCGACGAUGAAGUAUGUCCAAAUCUGUACUUCCUCGGGCGUCGAUCGAUGCUCAAAACUGCAGAGGGCAUCCGCAUUGCCGCCCUUGGAGGUGAAUUAGAGGCAUCUGGAUCUUCGAAGUCUAAGCCUGAAAGCAAUGCCGGUGGAAAGUAUCAAACAACAUACAGCAUGUCGGAUGCUCGCGCACUUUACGGGAUGCACAGCGCGGACAUCCUGAUCACGAACCAGUGGCCCAAGGGCAUUCGCACAGGCUCCCAGGUUUCUGUUCCAGAAAACCACAAUUCCCUUUCUGAAACGCAGAUUGUAGCAGACAUCUGCGCCACACUCAAACCCCGAUACCACUUCUCCUCGUCGGACUCGUUCUUCUAUGAGCGAGAGCCCUUCUUCCACAUGCCAAGUGAAGACAGCCCAGAGUCCAGGCCAUUGACCCGCUUCAUCUCCAUGGCCUCAUUUGACUCUAAGCAGAAAGCACUUUAUGCCUUCUCGAUCGAUAUCUCUGCCUCGGCACCCCUCACGAUUCCCGCUGGUGUAACCGCCUCCCCUCUAUCAGCGCCCCAAGCCAAGCGCAAGCAUCUCCCUACAUGGCCGGAAGCGCCAGCAGCGCGAGCCACCCCCGGUCCGGACAGGUGCUUCUUCUGUCUCUCCAACCCGAACAUCGCCACACACCUCAUCACCUCCAUCGGCGACCAAAGCUACCUCACAAUCGCGAAGGGACCCCUUCCUCCCGACGACUACUUCCCGACUCUCGGCUUCCCCGGUCACAUCCUUAUCAUCCCCUUCGAGCACACUCCGACUCUAGGCUCAAUUUUAGACCCAGACACCCGCUCGAGCACAUACAUGGAGAUGGUCCGUUUCAACACCAAUUUGCGUCGCAUGGUUAACGACCGCUCGUCCAGCAAACUGGGCGCCGUCACCUGGGAAGUCAGCCGCGGCGGCGGCAUCCACACGCACUGGCAAUUCCUGCCUGUGCCCGUGAGCCUCAUCAAGGAGGGCCUCGUUGAGGCUGCAUUCAAGGUGGAAGCGGAGAAUCUGUCGUAUCCGCGGUUCUCGAGCCGCGCAGCCGCACCGUCCGACAAGGCCGGUGAGCUGGCCGACGCAGGUGACUUCUUCCGAGUUUCGAUCUGGAGCGCCGGAGAGAUGGAAAGCAAAGAAAAACCUGAUACCGACAACGAGGCUGAUAAGGAUGGACCUCCUGGAUCAGAGACGGUCUUGACUUUGGAGCUCAAUCCGGACUUCGUGUUCGACCUGCAGUUUGGCCGUCGCGUUAUGGCGAAGCUGCUGGAGCUGGACAAGCGCAUGGACUGGAGGAACGCGACGCAGUCGCAGGCGGAUGAGGAGGCCGAUGCGAAUGCGUUUAAGGAGGCGUUCAAGCCGUAUGAUUUCACGUUGGAGUAG